GCCCGGCACGGCCCGCGCCGCCCGCCCCGCAGCCUCCGCCGGCGGGACCGUCCUGAGAAUAGGACAUGCAUUCCUCUGAGACGCCCUGGACAGUAGAUUUUGGUUUAAUAUUGGAUUGGGACAACAUACAGAGACAUUUCCAGUCAUGAAUUCAGACCAGGAUGUAGCACUCAAACUUGCCCAGGAACGCGCUGAAAUAGUUGCUAAAUAUGACAGAGGGCGAGAAGGUGCAGAGAUUGAACCUUGGGAAGAUGCUGAUUACCUCGUUUACAAAGUCACGGAUAGAUUUGGCUUUUUACAUGAGGAGGAGCUUCCAUAUCAUAAUGCAGCUAUGGAACGGCAAAAACAUUUGGAAAUCGAAAGAACUACCAAAUGGCUGAAAAUGUUAAAGGGAUGGGAAAAAUACAAGAACACUGAAAAGUUUCAUAGGAGAAUUUACAAAGGAAUCCCUCUCCAGCUCCGAGGUGAAGUCUGGGCUCUCCUUCUUGAGAUCCCCAAAAUGAAAGAAGAAACAAGAGACCUUUAUAGUAAAUUAAAACACAGAGCACGGGGUUGUUCACCUGAUAUCAGACAAAUAGACCUUGAUGUCAACCGCACAUUUAGGGACCAUAUUAUGUUUAGAGACAGAUACGGUGUUAAGCAACAAUCCUUAUUCCAUGUUCUUGCUGCAUAUUCUAUUUAUAAUACGGAAGUUGGGUACUGUCAGGGGAUGAGCCAGAUCACAGCUUUACUCCUCAUGUAUAUGAACGAGGAAGAUGCCUUCUGGGCCCUGGUCAAACUCUUUUCAGGCCCUAAACAUGCCAUGCAUGGAUUUUUUGUCCAAGGUUUUCCUAAACUCUUGAGAUUUCAAGAACAUCAUGAAAAAAUACUGAAUAAAUUUCUGUCCAAACUUAAGCAACACUUGGAUUCUCAAGAAAUCUACACAAGUUUUUACACAAUGAAAUGGUUUUUUCAGUGUUUCCUUGAUCGUACUCCUUUUACGCUGAACCUCAGAAUAUGGGAUAUCUACAUCUUUGAAGGAGAACGAGUCCUUACUGCUAUGUCUUACACAAUCUUAAAAUUACACAGAAAACAUCUAAUGAAAUUAUCUAUGGAAGAACUUGUAGAAUUUCUUCAGGAGACUCUAGCAAAGGAUUUUUUCUUCGAAGAUGAUUUUGUAAUCGAGCAACUUCAGAUUUCUAUGGCAGAACUGAAGAGGGCGAAAUUAGAUCUCCCAGAACCUGGUAAAGAGGAUGAAUAUCCAAAGAAACCUCUGGGACAACUUCCACCUGAAUUUCAUUCUGGUAGCACUCAUCACCUGAGCAAUGGACAAAGAAGUGUCGGCAUUCCUAGUCCCCACAUAAGCAGCAGAAGAGAAAGCGGAUCAUCACCUCACAGAAAACAGGAGCACUCCCCUCACCAUCAGAGUAGAGCUGGCACACCAGAAAGAGUCAGGCAGCUCAGGAGGAAAUCAGUGGACGAGGAUAGUAAAAACAUAAAAGAUGAGGCAGAUGUUCAACGAAAACAUUCAGGUCCACAAGACAAUUCCAGGCCUUAUAACCAUGCAGCAGCUAACCAAAAUAGCAAUGCUAUUUCAAAUAUCAAGAAGGAAUUUGUGCCCAAGUGGAAUAAACCAUCAGAUAGUUCAGCUAUUGAAAGAACUUCCAGAUACACCAUAGAAGGCAAAAGUAGAUCAGUACAUCCCACACUUUCUGUGUCAAGUUCUGCUGAAAGCCGAGUAUCAAACACAAGGCAAAAGAUGAAGGUUUUGGAUACUGGUGAUGGGAAGCGGGGCUCCAAUGCAUCACAGUAUGAUAAUGUACCUGGAAGUGAAAAUGAAAAUGGGGCUUUUGUUGAAGAGGCACUUGAAAGGGCUUGCUCUCAAAAUCCAAGGAAUGUCUUUUACUCUAACAGUCCAAGAAAGCAUGCUGAGCCAAGCUCUAGUCCAUCAAAAGUAUCCAACAAGUUUACUUUAAAAGUGCAGCCUGCAAGCUAUAUAAGAUAUCCAUCCCAGUUAGAAGGAGAAGAUUGUACGCCCGCAAAUCCCCCCUCAUACAGUAAUCCCCCUAUCUACCAUGGACAUUCUCCAAAACACAUCCCUGCGGCUACCAGCAGCAUCAUGUCUCCACAGAUGGGCCCUGUGACUCAAAUUCAUCCUUCCAGGAGACCUUACGGUUCCACUCUUUCCAUUGAUAAUUCUCCAGAGAAAUCUUACACCCGCCCAACUCCUGUUGUUCUACCCUCUAGCCGAAUAGAAGUCCUUCCUAUUGAUCUUGGUGCUGGGGGGUAUGUGGGCAACUCGGGAUCACCAAAGAAUGGGAAAUUCAUCAUUCCUCCAGUGGACUAUUUGCCAGAUAACAGAAAGUGGUCCGAAGUUAGUUAUCCUUACAGGCCUGAGGUGCACGGACAAUCCUGGACUCGCGAUGUUAGCCAUGGCCACUUAAGUAAUUUACCAAAAUAUACAGCUUUUCAGCAUGUGCCCUUUCAGGACCAUGGCCUCCCAGCAGUGUCAGUGGAUGGUCCAGUGCGGUAUAAAACCUCACCAGCUGUGGAAGAUGCUGGUCCAGCUGGGUAUCAGUAUGCAGGGCCCUCGCCUCCAACAUAUCACUACAGAAAACGAGAGGGGCUUUCAGUUCAAGAAUCAGUAUUGCUGUGAGAAUUGCUCUCUUCUUGCUGAAGUCGAGAAUAGAAACCAUAUGAAAACUACAUUGCUAUGUUUAUAAUUGCCAAAGCAGUAUUUUCUGUGUUGUAAACGACUCGCACAAUUCUAAUGUAUGUUAGUAAUAAGAGUAUAUGGAAAUGUGUUCAUCCCCAUAUAGAUGCUGCUUAAGAUGAGCGUUUUAAAUUGCAUCAUCACUGAAUAUGUUAAAGAGGAUUUAACCCGGAAACAUAGCAAUAGCACUUAGGGCUGCACGCACAGUAAUGAUUCUUUACCCAGUUUCAUUUAAGUCUUUCUCCAAAACCUAACCAUUUUUACUUUGUUGACCCAUCCUAUUUUGACUGAUACUACAAAGCACUGAAAAACAGUAGAAGAAAUAUUUUUAAGACUAUAUGUAGUGUAUCUUUUAAUAGAUGUUAUAGGCAUCUAUGCAUACAUAUUUGAACACAGAACUGAAGAAAUACUUUUUAAAGACUACUUUUCAUGUAGACCCAUCAAAUGUUGAUAAUCCCCCCACCUUAACUUGUCUUUGAGUUCACUUUUUCCCCUUUAUAUUUUUUUACCCAGAUCCUAAGCUGACUAGUUUGCCUUCAUGUUAUUAAUUCAUCUCAAAAAUGCUCCUCAUUCUCCAUCAGUUGCUGCCAUUUUAUUUCCAUGGGGAACUUAAAGAUAUUGGAGAGAACGAUUUACCCACUUUAUGGUGCUUCAAGUUUGAGGCGGUUCACCUAAGUUUAUGGCUAGAGAUGCAGCCCUCCCCAGAUGGGUCUUGUGUAUGCGCAUCCUUGACGGCUCCUGCGCUCCAGGCUCCGGGUAGGCCGAUCCCUGCCCGGGUGCUGGGGGCACGCUGCGGCUCGGGGGCCCCCCACGCAGAGGGCCUUGUGCAGUUAGUGUUGACACAGCACUCAGGUGGCAGAAGGAAGGAAUGCUUCUGAAGAUCAUUUGAAAGCAGGAUUAAUGAUACAGCUACUUGUCACUGUGUCCCUUAAACUUUCAAGAGGGCCUCACCUUAAAGUGAGGGCCUCUGGUGACCAGUCUCUGAAGAAUAAUAUAAUCAAUAGAAAUUGCUAGUUAUUUGGGCCAUUGCAUUAUCCAUGUUAAAAUUGUGGGGAAAAUUCUAAUUAUGAAUAGGCAUCUAAGAUUUUGAUGUUUUUUAAAAAAAUAUGGGUUGACUCUUAUGCUUUUGAAUUUUUUUUCUUUUGUAGUGAAAAAAUCAAGUUUGUAGUUAAAAGAAAAUCAGUGGUAUCUAUAAGAAUAUUCUAUCAGGGUGUUGGUGACUUAUACCUGUAAUCCCUGGCUACUCAGGAGGCUGAGAUACCAGGAUUGCAGUUUAAGCCAGCCCAGGCAGAAAGUCGAUGAGACUUUUAACCUUCAGUUAUCCAGCAGAAGGCUGGAAGUGGAGGUUUGUAGCUCAAGUGGUGGAGUACCAGCCUUGAGCAGAAAGCCAUGUGAGAGCAUGAGGCUGAGUUCAAGCCCAGAACCGGCACAAAUUAAAUAAAUAAAUAAAUAGUCUGUACACUACAGUUAACGAGAGAGAAUUACUUUGCAUUUAAUUGGAGUGCUUGUUUUCAACAUGACUGUGUUUAUAUUGGAUAACAGAGAAAGUAGAGGGUCUAACAUUGGUGGUUCUUCCUAUUGCAAGUGGGGGAUUUAAGCUUUUGAGGUACAAAAAUGUGUUUAAAAUGAGAGUAACAUUUGUUUAGCUAGUGAAUGUGGCUAUUUUUUGUAUAUAAUGAGUCUAAUGUAAUUUUAAUCGACUUGGUAAUUAUGUUAUUAAAUGGCAAAACAAAUGCAGUGUAUUAAAACUAUAAACACUACACUGAAACUGAACAAAAUCCUGCUAAAAUAACUGGGCUCUUGAUUUAGAUCAUGUGGAAGCUGAGAAAUAAAUGUAUAUAAAAAAUGUAGCUGAAGAUAUUCAUUCCACUUUUUAAACUAUGAUUUUGUGACUUGUAAUAAACCAAGCUGUACAAUUUAGUUUAUGAAAGCAGCACCUGAGCUGUUUCAAAUAUAUAUCAACAGUGAUAAAUAUUGUAGAUUUAUGUAUAUAUAUUCAAUAUAUAUACACACACACUAUUUUCUUAUGUCAUCUCUGACUUUUUAUCUGUAUACUUUUUUCAAUGUGAUUGUUUCUAACAUGCUAAAAGUUACAAGUAUA